AUGGAGCCUCCUAUCGCCGAUCUCGCGCGACUGAACGUCAACGACGCGAGAGAAAACAAUGCUCUAACCGAUAUCGUGCAAACAAGCACGAUGAAUGCUGAGCCAGCGGACUGGAAAAUCAUGGCGUGGCAAGCAUGCCAGCAAGGACGUUCUGUUGAUGUCAAGUCAAUCCUGAGGAACUUGGAGCCUCAAGAUGUCUCGCACUUCGUCAAUGCCAGGGGCGAGGACGACAACACCGCCUUGAUAAUUGUUGCGGCUGUGGCUCAUAAAGAUGUGGCAUGCGCGACAAUCAUUCCUGUCCUGCUGGAAGCGGGUGCCGAUAUCAACGCCAAGAACAAAAAAGGUCGGACUGCCUUGAUGGAAGCAGCACUAUGGGGAGGACUAGCAGCAGUCAAAGCUCUGCUGAAAUGGAAGCGAGGCGUUCCCGUCAACGCAAGCUUGGAAGACAACUUCGGACUUAGUGCCAUUGAACUGGCUGGGACGGACAGUAAACUCGCAACCGAGAGAAAAAAUCGAUGUGCUCAUGGCAAAAAUGUGCAAACACUUCUGGAUGGGAAACUACGGAUCCGCAUCGUAAAGUUGUUGAAACCCGUUGACAAUGGAAAGAAUGUGCCAAGAUCUACUCGACAUGUGAGCAUGCAGAAGCGUAUUGAAGAUGGCAAAGACAGAAUUGAUGCAGACAUCUUGAAGGAAACCCAGGCAAAGCUGAAGGCUGCGGAAGACUUGGCUAAACGCCACCUGGCUGAUCUGGAAAAGACAAGAAGGGAGCUAAGAAAGAAGGAAGGGGAGCUCGUAAGAGAGCACUCGAAGUUAAUGAACGCCCAGACCGACAUGAACGAUGUCUACGCAAAGUUUCGACCACCGAGCCGAAGCAACGUCGACAGAGCUGAAGCUCUCGCCAUCAUGUCUACACAGGCAGUCAUACCCUGCGAUGCCGCGCUAGAGGAGCUUAAGAGACCAUGGUCCGCGACUACGUUAACAGAAACUCAACAACAGCGUCGAUCAGACGUAGCCAGUGCGAAGAUAUUGUGGUCCCAAGUUUUGGUGGAGUUUCGGCAGAAGCAAGGAAUGACCGUCAAGAAUUACAAUCUCAGAAGAAAGAGGCAGCCGUUCUUCCAGUUCUUAGAUCUACCCGGUGAGCUUCGCAACAUGAUAUACGACAUCUGCCUGGACAACGAGAAGACGACAAGAAACCCUGAUAUGACGAAGAGGACGCGGGUUUAUCGAGGAUCAAUGGGAAGCAAGAGCUUCUUAGACCACAACAUACGGCAAAAGCGCGUAAAAGACAUCCGCGCGCGAAAGCCGACCAGAGAACAUAGGAAGCAAGAUGCCGCUCGAAAAGUUGCGCUCGAAAAGAUUGUAGAGAGAAAACUUAAGCACGCAAUUCGUUCGAGGGACGGACUCACAGUUGGCGCCCAUGAAGCUUUCUACCUGUACAAACUGGAGCACAACAUGUAUACCUUGCCAUCAAAGAGGGUGACAGAUGGCCAAAACAACCACGACCAAGGCAUAUUCAAUUCGGGCAACAGGACAACGAAGAAAGGUGUCCUGGAGAUCGACGUCAGAGGCAACCUAGUCGACGACCUUCCGAUGCUUUCCUAUGUCGAUCGUGCAAUCUUCUCCGAAACCCUGUUCCUCUACUACUCCACGGUGAGAGAAGGUCUGUGGAUCAAAUGGACAGUCCGGAACUUGGACUUCUUCCCUUUCCUGCGAUUCUACCAGGCAUUCACCAGGGGUGACAACGCGGUCGAAAUUCCACCUUCGAGACUGCACAUUGAGUUCGACAAGGAGAAGGAGGAGACUGACGACGGCCUACAUGCGAAGAAGUUUGUCCAUGUAAAGAGACUGGUCGAGCUGCACUGGCUGGACGGCUUCCCACUCUGGGGCUGCUUAACCGGGUUAUCUGAUCGUCAAGAUUGCAAGGGACCGUUCGGAGACUACAUGUACUCUGUCCGCCAGGUCGUGGCGUUGUACCGGAUUGACCACGAAGCUUGGAAGUCGCUCUCCGUCGAAUACCUUCGCCGUUGUGAGGCAAUGGGUGAUGACGACGCUUUGGAGAGUGACUUCGCAACACUCUCCGAUGCCGAGCUUGUUGAAGCAGUCAUCGAUAUGCUAUGUGGAGCGAUCGAGUACAACCUUGGGUAUACAGGCAGCUAUGCACGAAUUGGUCGCGAUCAGACUGAGUGGGAUCAAGAUGUCUUCGAAACUUUCAGGUAUAAGGGAUCGCAUGUCAGGACGGCUUAUGAGAAAGAGCAUGCGAUUGUUCGUGUUGUCAGCCUGUAUCAGAAGAAGGUCGACAGGACACUGCGGGAUCGGCUGGGGGAGGUGUACGAGGAUUGGGAGAGUGUUCCAGAUGACGCGCUCAUUCCUGAAGGGGUGGUGUUGUGA